UGAACUACUUAUUACAAUCAAACAUUGCACUACCAUCCCAACCCAACAUAAAGAAGAGAGCAAAGAAGAUAACCAAAAGGCUUCUCAUCACAGAACAGGACAAAAACAUAAAAUAAUAGGAAAGAGAUAAAGAGUUCAUCAUUAUAACCCUUUGUAAACUAGUCACCUACCUCUUUUUAACAAGCCAUGGCAAGCUCAGUUCACUUUCCCUGUCAUCUUCUUCUUUUCUCGGUGAGUUUUCUUUCACUUGUUCAUCAUUCAUGCCAGCUUCCAUCCGCUCAAUCUCAAUCCAUCUUGGUAAUCCAGCAACUUCUGGACUACCCAUUAUCCCUUAGCAGCAUUAACACCACUGCAGACUUCUGCAAUAUUGAACCAACUCCAUCUCUAACUCUGGUUUGCUAUGAAGAUAACAUUACUCAGCUUCACAUUACAGGAAACAAUGGCUUUCCUCCAUUGCCUCAAAGUUUCUCCAUUGACUCUUUCUUUACCACUCUUGCUGCUCUAUCUAACUUGAAGGUACUAUCUCUGGUUUCUCUUGGCUUAUGGGGUCCAUUGCCUGCAACCAUUGGUCAGUUAUAUUCACUUGAAAUACUUAAUGUAAGCUCCAACCAUCUAUAUGGCACCAUUCCAGAACAACUUUCAUCUUUGAGGAACCUUCAAACACUGAUCUUAGAGCAUAAUAAUUUCACUGGCCAUGUUCCUAGUUGCCUAAGUUCACUUCCUCUUCUUGCUGUUUUGAGCUUAAAGAACAAUUCCUUUGGUGGGUCUCUACCAAAAUCUAUGACUUCCAUGGAAAAUCUUCGCGUUUUAUCAGUAUCACAUAAUCUUUUGUCUGGGGAAGUACCUGAUAUUCACCACUUGACAAACCUUCAAGUUGUUGAUUUACAAGACAACUAUUUUGGACCUCACUUUCCAAGCUUGCAUAGCAAUUUGGUGAGUCUUGUGCUAAGAAAUAAUAGCUUUCACUUUGGCAUACCUUCUGAUUUAAUCUCCUAUUAUCAACUUCAGAGGCUAGACAUUUCCUUGAAUGGAUUUGUAGGACCCUUUUUGCCAUCAUUACUCUCUCUCCCUUCGUUAACCUACAUUGAUAUUUCAGAGAACAAAUUCACAGGAAUGCUCUUCGAAAACAUGUCCUGCAAUUUUAAUCUUGCCCACGUAGAUUUAUCCUCAAAUCUUUUAAGUGGAGACUUGCCUACUUGCCUUAAAUCAAGCUCCAAGACAAUGGUUGUCCAUUUUGCUAGCAAUUGCUUGUCCAACCAAGAACAGAAGCAGCAUCCUUCUAAUUUCUGCCAAAAUGAAGCUCUAGCUGUCAAGCCUCACGAUAAAGAGAUGCACAACAAAAGACCUCAUGAUAAAGCGGUUCUUGCAUCCGGCACUAUAGGAGGGAUUAUUGGAGCCAUUAUAAUUGUUGGUCUGGUUUCCUUAGUUAUCGGGAGACUGUACAGUAAAUUUACUGUGGAAAAACCCCAAGCAAGGCUGAUAAUGGAGAAUGUGUCAUCAGUAAACACAGUAAAGCUGCUUUCAGAUGCAAGAUAUAUAUCACAAACAAUGAAACUGGGAGCUAACCUUCCUCCUUAUCGUACCUUUGCUUUGGAGGAGCUUAAGGAGGCUACACAAAACUUUGAUAACUCACAUUUACUGGAUCAUUAUAAGAUUUAUAGGGGAAAGCUGAGGGACGGAACACUUGUUGCUAUUAGGAGCUUGACAGUGAAGAAAAAGCACUCACAGCAAAACAUUACGCGCCACAUUGAGUUAAUCUCAAAACUCAGGCAUAGUCAUUUGGUCAGUGCACUAGGACACUGCUUCGAUUGUUGCCUGGAUGAUUCAAGCACUAGCAGAAUAUUUCUUAUUUUUGAGUUCCUUCCAAAUGGGACACUAAGAGACUACAUCUCAGGACCUCCAGGGAAAAAGCUGAACUGGAAACAAAGGAUAGGAGCUGGAAUUGGGGUUGCAAAGGGUAUUCAGUUCCUACACACAGGGGUUGUUCCUGGCGUAUUUUCUAAUAAUCUCAAGAUAACAGAUGUUCUCUUAGAUCAUGAUCUUCAUGUGAAAGUUAGUAGCUAUAACCUGCCACUGUUAGCUGAAAGUAGAAGAAUGGUGGGUGCUCCAGUUACUUCUCCAGGACCAAAGCAAUGCACUCUGACAAGGGAAACGGAUGAUGAUAAGAAAGAUGUGUAUGACUUGGGAGUAAUCUUCGUUGAAAUUAUAGUUGGAAGGCCAAUCAUGUUUCUUGACGAAGUCAUUGUAGUAAAAGAUCUAUUACAAGUAAGCAUAACAGUUGACGAUACAGCUAGAAGGAGUAUUAUUGAUCCCGCAGUCUGCAAGGAAUGCGCAGAUGAUUCAUUGAAGACAAUGAUGGCGAUAUGUAUCAGAUGUCUCUCCGACAAGCCAUCUGAUAGGCCAUCAGUUGAGGAUGUUCUCUGGAAUCUGCAGUUUGCAGCACAAGUUCAGGAAUCAUGGGAAGGAGGCUCCCACAACAAUCAAGAGUCUUAUGUCUCAUGUUCCCAUGUUUAAUAGUCUAUUACUUCCUUUUUUACCAUAAAGUUAUGCCUCGUCUAUCUAUUACCCACCUAGCUCCUAAAAUUUAAUUCAUACUGAAAAUUACUUAGCUUGGUUUUGUAAUAACCUCAGGAUUAUCUUCUUCGUUUUCUCUCUUUACCUCAAUGUUAAUGAAAAUCCCAGGUCGUUGGCCUAGUGGAAAGCUCUAUGGAUGUUAAUGAGAAUAUCAGGUCCUUGGCCUAGUGAGAAA